GUGAUUGGUCAGAUUAUCAGCGGCACCGGAGCGGGCAGAAAAACACACUUUCAUCGUCACAGUUUUAAUUUCGUGUUGUUGAGUCGCUGCUCAACCGUUCAACUCAUAUCACGGUUUAAUAUAGUGUCAUUAUCAGACACUGUUAACGCCGCUUUCAUGAAAUGUUACCUGACAUUGAAAUACUGUUGUGACGGAGUGAGCCUUGUUAGCUUAGCAGGCUAAGUUUCCAUUGGAGUCACGGCUAGUUAUUUAGCUUUAGCUCACAGCUAACAGGAGCGACAUCAACAGCACCGAGAGACAAGGUAACACAGGAAACCCAGACAUGAACUUUCCCCCCACAAAGCGCCUCCGAGGCCUGAACCAGGACAUAGUAACGGCAGGCGCUUUCGAUGACCCAUUUGGAGAUGAUGAGGACUUCACCCAGGACGACUUGGAUGAGAUCGACAUCAUUGCCUCACAAGCAAACACAUCGGCUUCUGCAUCGGGGCUCGGGUCUAAACCAGGAACCAAAUCGGUGGAGCACGCCCGUGGGUCAGUCUUGCCAUUGUCUGCAGGACAGAGCAAACCUCAGAGCAGAGCCACAACUAACCAGAGCAGAGAGAACACCUUUGGGUUAAUUGGCAAAAGAGGGAAUGCUGGGAUAUCGAGCAGAGAGCCUCUCGGUAACAGGCAGCAGCAGUUUGGCUCGGACAAAGACGACUCCUACGGCCUGCUGGAGGCCCAGCAUGCAGAGCUCAAGAGGAAGCUGAAGGAGGUGGAGGAGGAGAUCGUGUUGAAGAGCGGGGAGAUCCGCGUCCUGAGGGACUCUCUGAAAGCAGCUCAGCAGGAGAAAGAAGCCCAGAGACAGAACCAGAUGCUGCUGGAGACACAGAAACAGAAAGAGCAGAGUGACAGGGAGAAGGAGCUCAACAAGAAGGUUCAGUCUCUGCAGUCGGAGCUGCAGUUUAAGGAAGCAGAGAUCAAUGAGAUGAAGACUAAACUGCACAGUUCAGACAAAAACAAAACCGCCUCUCCACUGCCUAGAAACAGUCCUAAAGUGCCGAGUGGUCUUGCCCAGUUGCAUCAUGGAAGCGGCAGCAGCUCCUCCUCUCCGACAGCAAAUGGUUUCAUCACAAAGGAGACGUUUGGAGCCCAGGUCCCAUCCAGAACAACACCAGGGAAGACACCGGGGAAGACACCGGGGAAGACACGGAGAGACGCAGACAGAUUGUCAUCCAGCAGCAGAUCCAGUGACAGACAGGAAGUGCUCCGUCCAGACCCCUUCCUGUCCAUCAAACCUGAACACCGGCAGCACCAAGGUGGCUUCCUGCUGGGGUUGUUGCUGCAGCAGCCUCUGUCUCCCAGCAGCCUCAGCCUCUCUCACUUGCUGUCCAUAAGUCUCACUGACAUCCACCUGACAUCCAGCGGACUGUCAGCAGGCUUUCUGCUCCACACCGAUGCUGCAGCCAAUGUCGGCGGCGGUGGAGGAGGAGCUCCCGGAGCUGCUCUGAGUCCAGUCCAGAGUCUGGCUGUGACAGGACUCAACAUGCUGAGUCAGAGCCGACCAGCGGCCGCAGCCAGCAGCAGCAGAAACAACAGGUCGUGCCCUGGAGCCGUCCUCCUCCUCCCUCUGUUGGACCUCCAUCUAUCUCGGCUCAUUCAGGCUCUUGACUCGGUCCACUCGACCUCUGCUGGGAGCAGUAGUUCAGACUCUGCAGGCGCAAACUCUCUCCCAGCAGGCUGUAAUGCUGCUGCUGCUGCUGGACUGGGGAGACUGGAGGAGACUGGUCUGACUGGUUUCAGCGUGGAGGACACUGGCUUGGCAGCUCUGCGGCUCCUCUACCUGCUGCUGGCCAACAGUGACGAGGUGGUGGAGGCUGUACUGUCAAAAGAGAGUCAGAGCAAAGUUAUAGACAACAAGACUGACCGCUCUGCCGCAGGUGUGGGUCUACACUCCCAGAAUGCCUUGCUGCGGACAGUGUUGCGGCUGUGUGACGUGGGAUUUUGCGACGGUGGCUCAAAAAGGGAGGAGCUCGUCAUCAGCGCCAUGAAGAUACUGUGCGUCCUGAUGGAGAGGAUGCCACACACACACACUGACAGGUUGCAGUGUGUGUUGCAGGCGGUGUGUGCGUGCGUGUCAGCAGACAGCAAGUUGCAGACGGUUUCUGAGUGUGUGUCCGCUCUCAUGUCCAUGGCCGACCACCCGACCCUGGCUCAGCAACUCUGCUCUCAUCACGACCCAUGUGUUUUCCUGAAGUUGUUCCAGUUCAUCAGAAACAGACCAGUCAACCAGGCAACACACACAGGCCUGAUUCUGCUGGACCUGCAGGUGGUUCGUUUGUUGAGCAGACUAAUGACUCAGAGAACAGAGAGCUGGACUACCAGCCAUCACAGCAGCUGUCAGUGUUAUACUGAGCUGGUUCAGACAGUGGUGAUUAUUUUCCAUCGUCAGUGGUUGGAUCUUUGUGAUUGUCAGGAGCCGACAGACUCAACAGGCCUGGCCCCGCCCCCACCGCAGUGCUCCACCCCCUCGUUGCCAUGGUGGCGCGGUCCUGCAGCAUCUCUGCUCAGAGAGUGUUUGCUGCUGCUGCACUGGCUGCUGCUGCAUCACAGCAGCUUCUCAGAGAGCUGCAGGCCGCUGCUGCACAUGUACGACCAGGUGAUCCCCGCUGUACGAGACACUCUGAGGAAGAUCCCCGAACUGAGAGAAAGUGAAGAGCUGGCGUUGGAGGAGAUCUGCCGCUCGGAGGGUGACGACACCGAUGACAUGGACACCGAUACUGGCUCCUGAUUGGCUGCAGCCACUGAGGGACAGUUUACUGACUGUUAAUGUGAUAUUUCAGACUGUGACAAAGACUAAAAACAGAAACUCUGUUGAAUUUUUCUGUGAUAAAGUGGACGUUGGAGAGAAAUUAACCAUUAGAGACGAGUCAGCAUCUGACUGAAGUGAUGGACGGACUCUGGAGGGAUUUAACUAUUAAACAUGAGAAAAACUGCUGCUGUCAGUGUUCAUGUUCACCUGCUGUAUAUUCAACAGUCAGAACUGCUGUUUCUUCUCUCUGUAGUUUAGACUUUGAUUUCAUUUUUAAGGGAGACACACCGGCUUCAAGGGUUUGGUAUCGUCCCACAAUUAUCAAUGUCUUUACUUAGAAUUUAAAACCAUUUAAUUAAAACUGAAGGGAGAUGUCUUUAGAUCAAGGUAGCAAUACAGUAAACUAAAUAUGAUAGAGACACACAUAUGAAUGAAGGAAAGUUAAGUUGACUGUUGGUGAUGGAGGUUCAGAAACACUGUAAGAAUGAACACAAAUAAUAAAAUAUGUCCUUAAUAAUAAAAAUAACAAAUAAAAAACCAGUUCGGGAUCAGAA